AAGAGCCGCUGGGAGGGUCGAAGACCGGAAGCCAGAGGGAAUGUUCCGCAGACAGAUGAAGCCGCCAUGGAGUUCUGCCUGUCGUCCUGUCCCUCCUAAAGAAUCCAUGACUACAGGCCCCGCCUCCUGCCUCAGACCCGGGGUCCAGGCCCAGCCUCCUCCCUCGGUGCAGGUCCAGCCAGCUUUAGUCCCCAAGAGCUGUCACCGCUCUGCCCCGAGUCCCUGCUUCUCCGGCACCUCCCAGCCCAGCCAUCGAGGCGCUGCUGCGGCGCCCCCAUCUUGCAG